CGAGCGGCCGCGAACCGCGCCCAGUAACGCGAGCGAGCAGAGUCUGCCGCUUAGUAUGGCUUCGAACACUAAGAACGUUUCGAGCUGGUUGGCGGGGUUUUUGGGGCGCUGAUGGGCUAGUUUUAGCUUGGCGCUCCUGUAGAUGUGGAGGUAAACAGAACAAACACAGCGGAAUUAAGGGAUGGACAGCAUGGGCGUGGAGGGCUAGGGGAGUGUGUAUAGAGCUCCACCCCGCGCCGCCAUUACAGGACUAUUCGAGCUCGAAGUAUUCUUCAUUUCCGACAUGUCUUCCUAUGUUUCUAUUAUUUUUUAAUUUAUUUCGUCCCUGGUUUUUCCAUUGUUUGAGCGAGCGUGUUUGGAUUGGAUGGGGACAUUUUUGGCGUUUUUCUCUUGUGCUUUUGGGGCGUAAUUAUGGAGUGCUGUCUCUUAUGGCCUUGUCAGGGGUGGAAGGUGUGUCGACAGAGGUCGCAGAUUCACGUGUACUAGGGCCUGAUCUGGGGACUAGUCGAUCACAGGAGGGGAGAGCGGCGGACGAAUCGAUCACAGUGUGGAGGCUUCUGAAACACAUUUCAUUCCGUGACGUUUUGCCCGUCUUUUUGAACAUUGGUCUACCGCUUCUAGCCACCUCAGCCGUCGGUGCACUGUUGUGUACACACAUUGCAGUCCUCUACACAGAAUCCACCACCAUAACUUUCGAACACGCUAGGGGGAGAGUGCAGGGGUAUUAGGUGCAGAAAAACAGUCGUGUAGACCUACCUUACCGUAACUCCGGAGGCCGCUCAUAAAGUCGUAACCGUUGUCAAAGAGACCAUCGAAACAACCAGAAUUCCAACGCCUUCGCUGAUGCAUUCGCUU